AUGGCUUCGCUCAGGCAGGAGCACCGCUAUGGGCUCUCCUGUGGAAAAAAUAACAGAAACAGCCCCAGCAGGACGCUGUACCAUGUCAAGCUCACGGACACGGCUAUCAAAGCGCUGGAGGCUUAUCAAAACCUCAAGGGAUCUUUAUCAAGUGAACCAUCAAUUUGUUUCAAAGGAAACCAAGGGUACAUCAAGAUCCCAGCUCCCACACCAGAGUCUCUGUCUGCUCUUCGCGUCUUCUCGUUCUACUUAUCCAGCGACAGCAAAGACCAACCUCAAGCCAGCUUUGACUGCAUCCAUCAGUAUGUUUCAAGUGAUGGCCGUGAGCAGCUGGAAGGUCAGGGCAUUAUCCAGGACAAGAUCACCGUGUGUGCCACCGAUGACUCGUACCAGAUGACCCGGGAGAGGAUGUCUCAGGUGGAGAAGGACAUCUGGAGCCGCUCUGCCAUUGAGAUCAAACCUGGAGCCACACAUCCAAGUAAAUGUGUCAAGCUCCACAAGAGGCCAGCUCCUUCCUCUGCGUCAGAUGGCAGCUUCUAUAAGCAGUCUAGCAACAUUCGGAGGAAUGGCGGUAUGGCCACACCGACCCAGAAGCCCCUGAGGGAGCGCAUCAUCCACCUGCUGGCUCUUAAACCGUACAGGAAACCAGAGCUGCUGCUGUGGCUGGAAAGAGAAAGAGCCGGCCCCAAAGACAAGGCGGAGCUGAGUCCUAUACUGGAGGAGGUGGCAAAAGUGAAUCCAAAAGACAGCAGCUACCUGCUGAGGGAUGACUUCUACAAGCACGUGCAGAGGGACUGGCCAGGCUACAGCGAGGAGGAGAGGCAGCUGAUCAGCAGGCUCCUGGCCAGGAAGCUUCAGCCGCAGAUGAGCAACCAAUCAAGAAAUCUUCAAGCAAACGUGUCAGUACUAAAGACCUCAGAGGAUAUGACACUACAUCACAGCACAGUGAAAAAUCCUGCAGUGAAACGCCCCGUGCCUUUUGACUCAUUGCAAAGGCUAGCUGUUAAGAGACAAAAACUUGUGGACCAGAGGUUGCAACAGCAGCCCACCAUAAACGGACUCUUAAACAAGAAAGGAGAAUCCGCCAAUGCAAAUCCUACCCUCGACUCCAGCCUCCACAUAAAGACUGAGUUUCAAAGGACAACUAACCAUACUAGUAACCAGACUGGCUCACCAGGGGGCCACAAUGGCUUUCUCCUAAUGCCCAAAUUGUCUAGCACCCCUAACACACCUGUUUCAGAGAGCAGGGAGCAAGAACCCAAACUAAGCAGCCAUCAGCCACCGCAGGGGGACUCUGACUGCACUCACCAGCAGCUCGCAAACAACAACCAGCACAGAAAGAAGAAAUCUAAAAAGCACAAAGACAAGGAGCGGGAGAGGUUGAAAGUCAACCAGGGCAGUGAUUGGUUGGAGACGAGUCCUGAUCUCAAGCAGAACCCAGACAAACUUGACAAUCCAGACAUCACAAAUGCUGUGGCCUCUGAGGAGAAGCCAGAUUAUGUGCUCACCUAUGGCACCAUAAUGAGUUUGGAGCAACGUAAGAGGUACCAGGAAGAUUUCUGCGCAGAGUAUGAUGAAUACAAAGACCUCCACUCCCGGAUCGCCACCAUAACCCACAUGUUUGUUCAGCUAGGAUCCAAGAUCAAGAGCCUGUCCCCUGGCACACAAGACUACAAGAUAAUGGAAGACCAAAUACUAGAAAAGUACAACAAGUAUCGGAAGAAAUUCCCAGGUUACCGGGAGGAGAAGAAACGCUGCGAGUAUCUCCAUGAGAAACUGUCCUACAUUAAACAGCUCAUCAUAGACUAUGAUGUCUCUCAGGCUUCUUCAUAG